GUUCAACCCUGACUAGCUGUCACUGUGGAGUUCUCGACCAAGUCGGCCUGGUGUCUAUAAAUCCUGCACGUCCUGUUCACAGUCUAUCAAAGUCACUAAUCAAAUGGCUUUCGGAGAUUAUCCAGCCGAGUACAAUCCCAAGGUACACGGACCCUAUGAUCCAGCCCGUUAUUACGGAAAACCUGACACUCCAUUCGGUCAAGUGAAACUUUCUGAACUGGGAUCAUGGUUUGGACGCCGCAAUAAGAGCCCGCAGGCUAUGACCGGAGCAAUUAGCCGUGCAUGGUGGCGCUGGCAACACAAGUACGUCCAGCCCAAACGAGCUGGAAUCGCUCCAUUUUUCCAGAUUAUCUUCGGAUCAAUGAUUUUCUUCUAUGCUAUCAAUUACGGAAAGUUGAAGCACCAUAGGAACUACAAAUACCACUAAAUAUAUUCCAUAGUCUGCUCGGAAUGGGUGGAAGCAUAUAAUCGUCGUCGCAUCAGAGCAAGCGGAAAAUGUUUAGUCUAAAAAGGAGUCGAAUAAAUAAACGAUUGUUGUAAAGUU